UGUGCGGGCUCGGGGUUCCGCCUGUGGACAGCUCGCCGGUCGGGUUCUUCUGCUGACACCAUUUUAGCCUUUCUGUACACCGCGAAGUCGGGGAAAGAUGGCUGGACGUCUACCGGCGUGCGUUGUGGACUGCGGUACAGGUUACACCAAACUGGGGUAUGCAGGGAACACAGAGCCACAGUUCAUCGUUCCAUCAUGUAUUGCCAUCAAAGAGUCAGCUAAGGUUGGAGACCAAGCUCAACGGAGAAUGAUGAAGGGGGUGGAUGACUUGGAUUUCUACAUCGGAGAUGAAGCGGUAGACAAGCCCACAUAUUCCACAAAGUGGCCAAUACGUCAUGGGAUUGUAGAAGACUGGGACCUAAUGGAGCGCUUCAUGGAGCAAAUCAUCUUCAAGUACCUUAGGGCUGAACCUGAAGACCACUACUUCCUCCUGACGGAGCCUCCUCUGAACACACCAGAAAACCGUGAAUACACAGCAGAGAUCAUGUUUGAAUCCUUCAAUGUACCAGGGCUGUACAUUGCUGUGCAGGCCGUGCUUGCUCUCGCAGCCUCAUGGACGUCCAGACAAGUAGGCGAGAGGACAUUGACGGGCACUGUUAUUGACAGUGGUGACGGUGUAACCCAUGUCAUCCCUGUGGCUGAAGGUUAUGUUAUUGGCAGCUGUAUAAAGCACAUUCCCAUCGCAGGGCGAGACAUUACUUACUUCACCCAGCAGCUGCUAAGAGAGAGGGAGGUGGGCAUCCCACCAGAGCAGUCACUGGAGACAGCCAAGGCAGUCAAGGAACGGUUCAGCUACGUGUGCCCAGAUCUUGUCAAAGAGUUUAACAAGUAUGACACAGACGGCUCCAAGUGGAUUAAGCAGUACACCGGUAUCAACGCCAUCAGCAAGAAAGAGUUCACUAUUGAUGUGGGAUACGAGCGAUUUCUGGGACCUGAGAUCUUCUUUCACCCAGAGUUUGCCAACCCAGACUUUACCCAACCUAUCUCUGAGGUUGUCGACGAAGUCAUUCAGAACUGUCCUAUUGAUGUCAGGCGUCCUCUCUAUAAGAACAUUGUUCUAUCUGGAGGCUCCACCAUGUUCAGGGACUUUGGUCGCCGUAUGCAGAGAGAUUUAAAGAGGACUGUUGAUGCCAGACUGAAGAUGAGCGAGGAACUGAGUGGAGGCAAACUUAAGCCCAAACCAAUUGAUGUCCAAGUUAUUACUCAUCAUAUGCAGAGAUAUGCUGUCUGGUUUGGCGGAUCAAUGUUAGCAUCAACGCCCGAGUUCUACCAGGUUUGCCACACCAAAAAGGACUACGAAGAGAUUGGGCCAAGCAUCUGUCGCCACAAUCCUGUGUUCGGAGUCAUGUCUUAACUAAAUCUAGCAGCAUUGGGGUGGGUGACAGGGCGGGUUCGGGUUUGACUUGUUGUCAAGGACAGGUUCAAGAGGUGGAAAGAGGUGGUGCUCUUGAGGCAGCCCAGAGAGCUAAGGACUGUUUUUCUUUUCCCUUUUUGCCUUUUGUUUUUCAAAAUGAGGGAAAUGGUUUUACAGUUUUGCAAAACCGUUUGGCUGAUAUUUUUUGUUUCUUCUAAGUAACAUGCAGUGAAUGGUGAGGAUGGUGAAGUGCAUGAUUGUGAUGAUCAGGGGUUGGUGGACACUUUGAAUAAUAAAGCCUUUACAUCUUCAAGGUGGGAGUAUUUCUGAUGCGUUUAGAACACAGCUUUGUCUGCAUCUCUCCUUUCUAGCUCCAAAAUACACUGUGUAUCUCGAGAAGAGCUUGUUUAUAUUACAUGCCUUUUUUAAUUGUAAAUCCAGGAUGAAAUCAAGGGUUAAAAAAUAAUUGACUGUUUCAUCUGAUGGUGCAGCUUUGAUACACAGUAUUUUCCAAACUUUACUUAAUAUUCUCCCGUGUGUGUCAGUGUGGUGUGUCUCCUAAUUUCUCAAGCAUUGAAUCAUUGAAUGCUUUCACUUCAGACAGUGGCAGGUUUCCACCUCUAUGAUGCAGGGAAAGAAAACAAGAAUUCGAGAUUAGAACGAACCAAUUGAAUUCAAAUGACUGUGAGACCAGUAUUAUUUCAUCAGUUUUUUUUUUGUUUUUUUUUAUUAAAUACCAAAUUAUUCAAAGAAUGGAAUUUGUGUAUUUAAUGCCUUGCUACAUUCCAAUAAAGGCGUGAAUUGGUUUCUUAAAA